UUGCUUGUUAUGUCAGUCCUCGUCGGGCCAUCGGUUUGCGAAAAUGGCGUCCCGCAGCGGUGGCGAUCUCUCCAAGUUGCGCGUUGUUGAUUUGAAGGAGAAGCUAUCAGAGCGAGGAUUAUCCACAUCAGGGCUGAAGGCCGACCUCGUGAAAAGGCUUCAGGCCGCGAUAGACGCAGAAAAUGAGGUGACUCCAGAGCAGGAAGAAAGCAUGGACACCGAAGAAGACUCGCAGGGUGCCCAGGAGGCCCCUGCUUCUGAUCAAGAUGCGUCAGUUGAAACCCCCGAUGAAAAGGAGCUCCUGGAGCAUCAGAAGGAGGCGUUGGGCAAGGAGCAGGUGCGACUGCUCGAGGAAGAGAAGGAGCUCCUUGGGAAGGCACAGCAGCAGCAGAUCAUGCUUGAAGCCGAGAAGCAGCAAAAGAUCCUGGAGCAGACCCGCAUUCUUGAGGAAGAGAGGCAGCACAGGCUUCAGCAGCAGCUGUUCCCCGUGACCGAGCAGGUUGUGGCCCACCAAGUGGUGACCACACCGGCCGUGCUUGUGACUCCGGCGGGCAGCCCGCUCGCCGUGGCCACAGCCAAGGCUGCGGCUGCUGCUGCCCCCGCUGCUCCCAUGGUGCUGGCCACUGCUGCCACGGCCAUUCCCCAGCAGGCCACGGUGCUGGCACCGGUGAGUCUAGUGGGAGCAGCACCCGUUACUGCUCAGGGCACUACCAUCCUGGCUCCUGUUGUGGUGGCCCCAGUUGCAUCCGUGGUUGCCCCCCCACCGCCACCACCACCGCCGCCGCCGCCACCACCUCCCCCACCCCCUGCCUCAUCUCCGGCUGGGGUUACCCCCAUGGCAGUCUUGCCACAGCCCCCGCAGCCACCGGCCAGUCUGACUGGUGGCCCCGGUGCUGUGCCGCCACCACCACCACCACCACCACCGCACCUCCCACCACCGGGAGGGCCUCCUCCGGGGUUGCCUCCACCCGGCAUACCACCUCCUCCUCGUGGUGCCCCUCCCAGGGGUCCACCGCCAGGACUACCUCCACCGGGAGUACCCCCGCCGGGACUGCCACCACCGGGACUGCCUCCGCCAGGACUGCCCCCACCGGGAGUGCCCCCACCAGGCGUACCCCCACCGGGUGUGCCACCACCAGGCAUACUGCCACCCGCUCGUCCUCCGAGCGGCACUGGGAUGCACCAAAGAACUGGUCCUGCACCGCCGCUGCCGCCGCCACCCGGAAUGGCCUCCGGGGACAAGAUGGACACCACAGUAUCCGUCCCCGAGGUGUCCAAUGUGGAAAUCCCACAAGUCAUUGAGGAGAUCUUUGCCAACACGUCCGAACGAGCUCAGGAGCUGGCCCUGGCACCGCCAGAGCCUCCCGCUGAGAAACCAGCAUCCAAGAAAGCGCAGCCACCAAGCAAGCCCAGACUCGUGGCCAUGGACGAAGGGGACGACGAGGACGAUGAGGAGCAGGAAGGGACCAAGACGUCCACGGAGUCGAAGAACAAGAAGAAGAAAAAGAAGAAGAAGAAGCGUGCUCAGCGAAGGCAGCAGCAGCAGCAGCAACAAAAGCAGGACGAUGCGGACAAGAAAGCGGCCGACGAGAAGAAGGAAGGCGACAAGGGGGAGAAAGAGGACGUGGACGUGGAGUACGUGCAGGAGACUAUAGAUUCCAAGGACCCAUAUUACUACCAGUUUCUGCUCAUCUUUGAGAAGUUCAAGCUCCAAGAGCCGGAGAAGCCCAAGACCGACACCGGCCCUGUGACCGACCCUGCAGCCAUCGCACAGAGGCUUUUGGAGCGCAAAAAGCCAGCCGACUUGGAUGAGAAGGACGAUGACGACAUCAAAAUGGAAGACAAGCCCAAGCUGUCGAAACGCAAGCUGAAGAAGCUGAGCAGAAUGACCAUUGCUGAGCUCAAACAGAAGGUUACCCGGCCAGAAUUGGUGGAGAUGCAUGACGUGACUGCCAAGGACCCAGUGCUGCUCCUCCACCUAAAGUCCUCACGCAACACAGUGCCAGUGCCCCGUCAUUGGUGCUUCAAGCGAAAGUACCUGCAGGGCAAGAGGGGCAUCGAGAAGCCGCCCUUUGACCUGCCCGGCUUCAUCAAGAAGACUGGCAUCAUGGAGAUGCGGCAGGCCCUUCAGGAAAAGGAAGACCAGAAGACAAUGAAGGCCAAGAUGCGCGAGAAAGUGCGUCCCAAACUGGGCAAGAUCGACAUUGACUACCAGAAGCUGCACGACGCUUUCUUCAAGUGGCAGACUAAGCCUCGCAUGACCAUGCACGGGGAUCUGUACUACGAGGGCAAGGAGUUUGAGACGCGGCUCAAGGAAAAGAAGCCUGGUGACCUGACCGAUGACUUGAGGAUCGCUUUGGGAAUGCCCACUGGUCCGAACUCCCACCGGUGCCCUCCACCGUGGCUCAUUGCCAUGCAGCGGUAUGGACCGCCACCCUCGUACCCGAACCUCAAGAUACCAGGUCUCAACGCCCCAAUUCCAGAUGGUUGCUCCUUUGGGUACCAUGCUGGUGGCUGGGGCAAACCACCUGUGGACGAGAUGGGCAGGCCACUCUAUGGUGACGUGUUCGGCACACAGUCAUCAGACUCCACGAACAACAUGGUUGACGAAGAGGUGGAUCGCACUCUUUGGGGCGAACUCGAGAGCGAGUCUUCGGAGGAGGAAGAAGACGAGGACGAAGACGAGGAUGAGGGCGUGGAAGACGAGACGGGCCUGGUGACUCCUGCGGAGGGUCUGGUGACACCGAGUGGCUUCAGCUCGAUACCGGCCGGAGUCGAAACGCCCGACAUGAUUGAGCUGCGAAAGCGCAAGAUCGAGUCAGAGAUGGAAGGUGGGGACACCCCAGCCCUGUACACCAUUCUGCCCGAGAAGAAGAACGAGAGGGUAGGCGCUGCCAUGAUGGGAUCGACACACGUCUACGACAUGAGUGCCGCAAUGGUGAAGGGAGGACCCAAGAUGCCGACUGCAGUGGCAGGCACAGCCAAGCAGUCCGGUGGUGUGGAGAUUGCGCUGGACCCGAGCGAGCUGGAGAUGGACUCCGCUGCCAUGGCUGCUCGUUACGAACAAACGUUACGGGAGCAGCAGUCUCACCUUGCCAAGGAGGACCUCAGCGACAUGGUGGCCGAGCACGCAGCACGGCAGAAGAACAAACGGAAAAAGCAACAGCAGGAUACCACCAAAGUGGCGAAGAAGUACAAGGAGUUCAAGUUUUAACAAAAACGGUCCAUCACACUGUCCCUGUGCACCCUCAUCUGUUGAAAAUAAAAACUGUCAUUUCCCACUGUGUAAA